GCAGAAGCAAAAACUCAUCAUCCAUCAUGUCGACGAGCCGCGCCGCCGCAACGGACUGAGGCGCAGCCAUCGGCGGCGGUUCGGGGCGAGCAGAGGAGGGGACGACUCGUCGCGCGCCGCGGCGAGGAGCUUGGAGGUCCCAUCUGCCACUCCCCUUCUACAAGAUGCCUGCCGCACCAAAUGAACUUCUUCUGGGGUCGAAUCUGGUCGUUGCAAAGUUUCACUAUUUGGAUCAAGGGGAAGAUUUUCGGACGCAGCUAAUUAAUGCUUGACAAGAACAUGUGCGGAAGCAAUCAAGACAAGACCACCAAAUGACAGAAUUACCUUCAGAGGGCCGUAUCUAGGCCUGUGCGCCUGUGCGGGGCGUGCGACCGCACAGGCCCCCAAAUUCGAAGGGCUGCCAAAAUACUAGGUUUCCUGGAGCCUUUGCUUGUUUGAUUCAUGUCAUAAGAUGUGGAGGUGUUCAAUGAGUGGAAGGAAAUGGAAGAAAACAAAAUAAUCCUUAGAGAUGGGGAUGGAUAGAUUGGCGCAAGAAAUGCCCGCCGGAUGGUCGCAUGAGCCGACAGAGUAGACACACACAGGGCAGGGAAGGGCACUGUGACUACUACUCAAAAACUAGCUGUAUCAUCCAAAUGGAUGGACGGAUGUUCACUUUCCCCCUGCAAUUUAGAUGGAGAAGAGUAUUGUGGCACUUCCCUCCAAGUGUGGAUUCCACGUGGAGGAAGCAUGGCAUUGGCAAUUUGGCAUGGCCAACACAAGAGAGAGGAAUGUAAGCAAAAGAAGCUCAACUAAUCAGGCCAGGAUCAAAUAAAACAACCCACUUGACUCCGAUCCAUUGCAGGUAGGCAUGUUCUUCCACCAUAAAAAUAAGAUAAUCCUCCAUCAGCAACCUAACUAAUCUCUGCUCUCUAGGUUACCUACCCUGCUCCCAGUUUAGUUUGGCUUUGCAUAUAGUAUACUAGUCGUUAGUUUAAUACAAUCCUGCAGUUGAGCUCAGCAACUCCCUCGCCCUCCAAAUAAAAGCCGCAUCACCUUCAUUGCUUGCUUGCCCAACGCCUCUAUUCCAUCUAGCGAGCUAGCUAGUCUUGUAGCUUCCUCCUCGAUUUCCAUCUUAAUUCCUCUCACCGCAAGCACAAGUGCAUGCCAUGGUGAAGAAGAAGCAGCAGCUUCCUGUUGGUGGCCUCACCUCUCUCUUCAGCAGUAGCAAUAAGCAGCCGUCCUCCUCCGCCGCGUGGCAAUGGACCUCCUGCGGCCUGCACCCAAGAACUCUGUCCUUCUGGCAGCAGCAGCAGCAGGAGGAGGAUGACGCCAAUCGCCAUGGCUGCCAGAACCAGCAUGUUGCCAAUGACAGCCAUAUGGCGCUGACGAAGUGGCAGGCUCAUUACAAGACCAUCAGCUCGUGCUUCUCCCCCAACUCCUUGGCCUCCAUUGACAGCUUCUCAGCGGCGUCGUCCGACGCUGCCGAGGCAGAGGCCGUCAUCCGCGCGGUGCGCUCGGGUCGCCUCCUCUUCGAGCCCGAGGAGGCGUCCUCUUUCAAGGCGUCCUGCAAGCCGAUCAUCAUCAAGGACGCCACCACCACGAUCAUGAGCAAGCAGGCGGCGUUCGGUGGCGCCACGGCCAUGUCGGUGGAGUCCCAGAACCCGUACCGCGACUUCCGGGAGUCCAUGGAGGCGAUGGUGAUCAGCCAGGGGGGCGUCAGGGACUGGCGCUGGCUGGAGGAGAUGCUAGGGUGGUACCUGAGGGCCAACGGCAAGAGCACGCACGAGCUCAUUGUCGGCGCCUUCGUGGACCUGCUCGUGGCGCUCAGCACCGCCACCUCGCCUGCAGAUUCGUCGUCCCCGGCCACCCCUGCCACUGCCAACUGCUCCUCACCAUCCAGCGAUUGCUCUUGCUCCUCCUCCUUGUAGUUUGAUACUUAGAUUAGAACGCAGCGUCCACGGAUGGAUGGAUGGAUCAGCGCGAGAGAGGAGGACAUUGUUUUGAUUUCUUAGUGUUAGUUUCUGCAUCUUCAUCAUCUAUCAUCGGUCAUCGCCCUGGCCAAGCACAAUCAAUGCAGGAGAUAGAGUUGAUCGUCGUCAAGGCCAGCUUGCUAUAGUCAUCCAUCUCAUAAGUUAGGAAGCACGAAGGACCGAGUUCUUGGGUGCUGGCCGCAGCCAGCAGGAGGUUCUUCACUCCUAGUAGCAGUAGCCUAGUAGGUAAUUAUCUGAUUUUUGCAAAUACUCAAUUCUAAAUCAAUGGAAUGUGAGGAUUGUUAGAGGCAAAUUUAUAUAUUCUUCUGUCUACACGGCUUAAUUUUACUGGUCGUUGGCCACUUUUAGCUUUUUUUU